CAAGUAUAAAACCGCACAAUUGCGAACGCCUUUCUAUCGUAUAACACCUUAUUGUUUCCUUCUCAAUAACAUCACCUAAGCUAUUCGUGAUUGAUCGGUUAUUUUCCUUAGUAAAUGUUUAAUUAUUUUCCUCCUUAUAACGUAAUUACCUGGAAGGUACAGUGACAUCAAAGGAGAGAAAAGGAUUUGCGAAUAUGGCGCGAAUAACGACUCACUUUUUCUUGUUAUACAUCAUUUCAGAUUUUGCGGGGUGCACUGCGUAUGAGGACCAUUCCAGACAAAAACGCAGCGCAGCCGCGCCAAAGCUUGAGAUGGAGGCUGCGUAUGGAAGUAACGUUACGGAUUACAUGGACUCUGGGAGCACGUUUCUGUUCCGCACCACCCUGAGGCAUGCCGGGGAUUCCAAGGGAGACGCAAAGGGCGUCCGCGUGCUGUGGAUCCUGUCGCCAUUCGUCAAAUUUGACACGCUUUUGACAGUGACUGGCACUAGUCUGUCACGCCCCUCGGCCGAACUUAAGGAUGACAGUGUUACUUUCAAGAUGGAAGAACUAAACUGGGGAUACGACAUAACUUUCGAGUUUCGCGUCAAGUUCAACGACAACAAGUACCUAAAGCCCGCUCGUCACCACGUGAUAAACCACGCCCAGCUCUCUUACUAUAACAGCUAUAGCGUGGAUGCCAGCGGUGCCGUUACCAAGGGCAACUUCUUCUCUGAGCCAAUGCGAACGCUGGAUUUCGUCACUGAUAUACCAGGUUGUAACAGUCCUCUUGGAAUGGAGUCCGGAGACAUCAAGGAUUACCAGCUAAGCGCAUCUACCAGUUACUCUGACCUGCAGCCAAGUAAAGCCAGGAAAACGUCUGACGAGGCCUGGUGCUCACUGACGCAAGUCCAAGGGCAAUACCUUCAAGUAGAUUUCAUGCAGCAAACCCAUAUAACCGGUUUGACUACAUGGGGACGAAAUGGGAACAAAUAUCAUUGGACCAGUAGCUACCUGAUUGCGUACACAGUAGAUGACGUCACAUGGGCAAAUUACAGCGUCAAUGGUUAUGACAAGAUGUUUCAAGGAAAUAGAGAUCGCUUUACGCCUGUCACACAUUGGUUGGAGAAGCCAUUUUACGCUAUUGCCAUCCGUAUUAUCGCGAUGGCCUGGGACGAGUUAAUCUGUAUCCGUCUGGAAUUAUACGGAUGCGCCAUCCCCGGAUCUGAAGUUAAAUGCAUCUCCCCCCUCGGAAUGGAAAGUGGGCAGAUCCCAGACGAGGCUCUCACUACCAGUGUUCCCAACGAUUACCAGGGAGGUGUUAGCAAGGCUGCCAACGGUCGCCUUAACAAAGUAGUUACCAGUUAUCCGAACGGGUGGGCAGCCAGAAUGCAAGCCUCCAACGACUAUCUUCAGAUCGACUUCGGCUCGUUGCGAAAGGUAACACGGGUGGCGAUCCAAGGUGCUUAUAGUGGCAGCCGUGACGUCAUGUUCUUCACAAAGGCGUACACCCUGUCCAGUAGUCGGACAGGGUUGGCCUGGACGGGGUACACCGAGGAUGGAACACUGAAGAACAUCAAAGGGCCUAGCGAUUCUGGUGCCGCUAAAUGGCCGCUUCUUUACAAACUGAAAAAGCCGAUAGUUGCACGUUACCUUCGCAUACAUCCUACCGAGAUGAUGAUUUCACCGGUGCUUAGAGCUGAGGUGUACGGCUGCCUGAGUGAACCAUUGCCUUUGUACACAGAGGACAUAGACUAUAUGAGACGGUCGUUUCUGCUGGACCCGAAAUCCGAAAACUUUUUUGUCUGCAUGUACAGCGAGACAAGUGAUGAGAGCAGCUGCUUUGUAAGCAAGAAUCACCAGGAAUGGAGGUUUAUUGACCCUGACGUCAUCUCCAUUAUUGGUAUCAACACGCUCGACGAUGAGCUGUAUAGCUUUGAUCGCAGGCUCAAUCUCUUUCGGAGCAGGGACCUGGGACUCACUUGGUCCCAGAUCUCUCCGGAAUACCUCGCACACAGACGCAAGGAGUCUGGGUUCCGCAAAGCCAGCACCAUUCCGGAGAACUUCGUCCAGUCACUCCCAACAGCCAAUCAGACGCUGACCACGUCUAAUGGCGACCAGUGGGGAGUUUCUUCCAACUUCAUACAUUUCAAAACCGCUGGUUCAAGCGAGUGGAUCCCUGUGGGCUCAUGGAAAUGUUGCGGAGAGUAAUUCAACUGCUAUGUGUCAUAUGAUUAAAUUCGCAUGCGCCAACAAUUAUUAUUUAUGCACGAAGACCCAAAUAAAUCUAAUCGCUCAUUCUCUUAACGAAAUAGAUAUAAAACAAAAAUGAAAAUAGCCGAGCUCUAAGCAGAUUAUGUUAACAGUAAUAUAUAUAUUCAUAAAUUAGUAUUUUGAGUCCGGCACCAAGUUUCUUAUGUCAUUUCCUGUACCCUUAAUAAUUUGUAUGCUUAACCUCUCCUCUAUAUCCGCCCUUGUUCAUAUGGAACUGCCAAAAGCAUGAGAAAACAAAACGUCAUAUUUCUAUAAUCUAUUGACAAAUCAAUAUAAUAUUGAUGCAUAUCAGAAGUAUAAUGGUAUCUCUAUGAAUUAAGAGGCUACUUCCGGGACCUUGAUUUAAAUAAGACAAAGACAGGAGAAAGUACAGAAUUCUCGAAUCUCGGGUCGAGUUGUAUUAUGGGAAGGUCACGUGAUCAUGCGCGAAGAGACCUAUUUCAUGAUGUUGCGAGGGCAUCAAAAAUGCCACAGACUGUCGGGCCAUAACUAAUCUAAAAUGCAGACGAAGAGGUAAAACACCGCGAAAAAAGCACUCUGACAGUAUUUUCUAGCUUCGUCUGUAAACUCCACUGUGAUGAGCAAUUUUAGAUCAGCUGUUACGUAGGGGGUGGGGGUGGGGCUUGCGGUUGGAUGCGCGCGCAUUAUCGUGAAAACGGUCUCUUUGUUAGACUGCCUUGUUUCUACGAUACUAUGAUGAUGGGGGUGAUGAUUAUAAUGAUAAUCUAAUCAUUAUGAUAAUGGUUGCGCUGAAAGGAGUCUGCUUAGUAGCCACCCUUGUAGGGGGAGGGGGGGAGGGGGGCUGGCUUGCCAGUUCGGUUGACAAGUUGUCACACCAUAGAGGUACCAUUAUUAAAGGAAACCUUUCGCCGAUCUUUGCAUGUCACGGGCAUGGAUAGAAUUUGAAAAAGAGGUAAAAUAAAAAUGUUUAUUUCCA